CUAUGAUAGAUGAAAUUACGUUUCGGCCGGGGUGGAUCCGCGACGUCCUCGGGCGACGGUAUCGAUCAUUGCGCGCGCGCGCGCGCGCGCGCGUGCGCGCAGCGACGAGACCGGAGGAAGACGACGAGAGCGGAGGAGGCGCGAUUUUCGAGAAAUCGGAAGGAACCGCCGGCCGUGGGGCCGCGUUGGCGUGGAGGAGAAGAGAGGAAAGGAGGAGGACGCCAGCGCGAUGUGUCGGGAAACAUUACGCGAAGGGAGGCUCGAGUUUCGAGGAGACGCGAGAGGUGGACCGGCGUGGUCCGUAAUUUGUCCUCUUAAAAUAUGAAGCCUCGUCUAAAGCAGACCUUACAAAUUACAGAGCUCCAUCACUGUUCGCGACGCAAACUCUCUGCAUACGUUACGUACGGUGGUGCGUUGUAUCCUCGCUUUUUAUCCGUUCGUCCCUUUUAUGCGAGGUGAAUGGCCCCAAUUAGCGGGCGAGUAACCUCGUCGUGAGAAUAAAUUAAUAAUGUACGUGUUAAACCAGCUGCAGAGAGUUGACUUGUUGGACUUUUCGGGGACGUUUGUUGGAAAGCUCGCCAACACUUUGGGCUUUUUAAUUGUGCAUUUUAUUUUCCUAAUUCGCGGAGAGGGACUUUGUCCGCGAUUUCCGCUUUCUCCGAAAUAGCAGUCCGAAAGCGCAGAUUUGACGAAUAAACAUUUCGUUGUCAACCGCCAACUUGUAAGAUGUGCCGUCGGCGAGAGCUUCGUCGCCUUCGACGACAGCACGCUCGCCAUUCCCACGGCAUUCCAACAGACACCCGCCAUGGCGGACUGUCCAGUUUUAUUCGAAGCUUACAUAAGCGAUGACGUAACAAAUUUCGAGUAAGAGCGAACGUACACGUAUUUGUAAGACAAAUAUGAGGCUCGUACCAGCCGACUGAUUGAGAUGAACGAGCGCGAUUGUCACGAAUCAUUGGCGAAAAAAGAGAAGGAAGAAUCGCGUAAAUUGCGGUCAAUUGCCUCGCGACGCGACUCGUCAUUCCUCGGGCGAGCGGCGUAAUUCUCAACGUAAUCAUUUAAUUUAAUUGUAAUCAUUAUUAAAUUCUCGUCAAUAAUAUCAUUCAAUUUACACUCAAUAAAUAAUCGCUCAAAGGCAGCGCCGUUCACAAUUCCCGUGUCCGCGCGUGUCGGUCUCUUCUGCGCGCAGCAGCAGCAGUCAGUUAAGCGGCUCGUCCAAAUGACCGGAACGACGAGACUUUAGCCCUACAUCCCACGGGCGCAGCAACUUCCUAGGACUAGGUCAGGAUCGCAGCUGAGGAACGAGUCGAACACUAUACCGUCUCUCAGUUAUCCUUAGCGCGUCCUUAGCACGACGUGGUGUCGUGUCGCGUCGGUGAGCGCGGACGGAAAAUUCGCCGCGCGAGUUGCGACAUUUUGCAUGCGCCGUCGCGACGUUGCCCUUCGCGGCUGCUUCUUCUUGUUCUCUUGCACUCGCGCGAAAUGGCCGACCAUCGACGGGACGCCCUUUGAACGCGCGCUUCCUGGGAACACGACCGCGUAAAGGCUCUUCCAUCGGACGUUGGUCGCAAUUUCGGUUGCGGUUUGUAGUAAAAUGUCGCUGGAAAUGGCGAAUAGUAGCGACCGUUCCCGGAACAGUCGUCAGAAACACUUUUGCUGAUUCGCCUGAAGAGAACGGAAGAGCCUUUCACGGGUCAUCCCGACGGGAGAAGAGAGAUCAAGCGCGGAAGGUGACGUCGAUCGCCAUCAACAUUGAAUCUAACCAAGUCGAGACUCGACGCGUUGCCGCUGCUGUUGCCGCUGCUGCUGCUGCUGCUGCUGCAGCAGCUGCAGCUGCACAAAUUGCACCCGCGAGAGUGCCGCACCACCGCACUCGCGAUGCACACGACGUUGCUCCGAAUUUGGUUUUCGUAUCGCCUUGGUCUCGUGUCUCGUUAGCUGGUUAGAGAUGAGACAUGACGACGCGCGCGCGAGGGUCAGCCGGUGACGGCUGACUCUCCCCUCCCCCCCCCCCCGCCCCCUGUCGACGACGUCACUGUGUGUAGUCGUCACUUAGCCCGUCGUCCCGUUGGACGAGCAGGUCGUCCAACGGGACGGAGGAGGGCAAGGACACGGAAAGAUACGAGAGAAAGAGGAGGAAGAAGAUCACACACACACACACACACCUCGCGGAUCACACAGCUUCGUGUGUCUGUCUGUCCUUGGACGCAGCUUAAACGAUGGCCGAUUCACGCGGCUUCAAGCCAAUAAACCAGUUGUGGCAGAGCGCGACAGUGUCGACGGAUCAGGAUUCGGAGCGUCUCUACGAGGAGAUCCCGGGCCUCUCGGGGUCCCAGGAUACGGAGCCGACUGGUGAGGAGGAGGAGGAGGAGGAGGAAGAAGAAGAAGAGGAAGAGGAGGCGGGCGGAGGCAAGGAGAAGGCCGGUGGCAGGGGGAGACUCGACUUCGGGGCUCAGGUCGGAGGUAACGGCUCGGCCUGGUGGCGCAGCGGCAGGCCGGCCAGGGAAGAGGUCGCCGGCGCCGGCGGUACCGGUCGCAGCAGCAGGAGCAGCGCCGGCAGGAGCCGACGGGGGAACGGCGCGGAGUCGCGCGGCGGACCGGCCGAGCGGCCAUCGGGCGCGCGUCAGACCGUCAUCGGCAGGGUGGAGGAGGAGCAGUAUGCCGCGCGCAGGAGCCACGUGGAGCCCGGUACAGGCGCCGUACUGCCGGCUACUGCUGCCGGCCUCAAGCUGACCAGGGGGCGAGCGAGCAGCAGCAGCAGCAACACCGUCGCCCGGUACUUGCACUCGGCCAACACCAACGCCGCGCACUACCACCACCAUCACCACGGACUGCACCCGCCGGGCCAGUACCCGCCGGGGGUCAGGACGACCGCUAGGCAGCACCGCCAUCAUCACCCUGGCCGCGGCUCGUUCAGUAAUGAGACGCAGGAAGAGGUACAGGAGGACGAUGAAGCCACUCUACGGGAGUUGCUCGUAAGUCUGCAGAAACAGGUCAGCGUUAUGAGUUCGAACUUGAAUGCCAAGCUGGACGAGCUGCAGCAGCGGGGUGACCGCCAGCUGGAGACUACCGUCGCUCUCUGCGAGAUCCGCACGCAGCUGCAGGAGCUCACGAAGAGCGUAGAGUCUUGUCAGAGCGAAGUCAGCGAGGUGAAGCGGGACAUGGUCGCGAUCAAGCACGAACUAGAUACGGUACAACAGGUUAAGGAAGAGAUAGAAGAAUUGCGGGAGUACGUGGAUCGACUGGAAGAGCACUCCCACCGGCGGAAACUUAGGCUCUUGGAGCAGGGUCUGACGGUUUUCCUGUCGUACUCGAUACUGGCUGCCGUCUUGGGAAUGUUGCAGUUCGGAUACAACACUGGAGUGAUUAACGCGCCUGAAGUGAAUAUAGAGAACUUUAUGAAAGACGUGUACAAGGAUAGGUACGGGGAAGACAUUUCGGAUGAUUCUGUCAAGAAAUUGUACUCCGUGGCCGUGAGCAUAUUUGCGAUCGGUGGUAUGCUAGGUGGCUUCAGUGGCGGGAUAAUUGCCAACAGAUUUGGCAGAAAGGGAGGCUUACUGCUAAACAACGUGCUGGGCAUCGUGGGGGCAUGCCUGAUGGGUUUCACCAAGCUCGCUGAGUCAUACGAGAUGCUGUUCUUCGGACGUUUCAUCAUCGGUGUCAAUUGUGGCUUGAACACCUCGUUGGUUCCCAUGUACAUAUCGGAAAUAGCGCCAUUGAACCUGAGAGGCGGCCUAGGCACGGUGAACCAGCUCGCUGUUACGGUGGGCCUCCUGGUCUCCCAGGUGCUGGGCAUCGAGCAGAUUCUUGGAACGAACGAUGGUUGGCCCGUUCUCUUAGGACUAGCUAUCUGUCCUGCCAUUCUACAGUUACUGCUGCUUCCAGUUUGCCCGGAAUCUCCGAGAUAUUUGCUCAUUACUAAACAGUGGGAGGAAGAGGCUCGGAAAGCUUUGAGAAGGUUGAGAGCCAGUAACCAAGUGGAAGAAGACAUUGAGGAGAUGAGAGCGGAGGAACGAGCUCAACAAGCCGAGUCUACCAUCUCGAUGACGGAGCUUAUAUGCAGCCCAACUCUGAGAGCACCUCUCGUCAUUGGUGUGGUUAUGCAACUUUCGCAGCAGCUUUCGGGUAUCAAUGCCGUAUUUUAUUACUCCACGAAUCUGUUCACCAGUUCUGGUUUAACGGACGAGAGUGCCAAGUUUGCAACCAUUGGCAUAGGUGCCAUCAUGGUUUGUAUGACGCUAGUGUCCAUCCCGCUCAUGGAUAGGACAGGAAGGCGUACAUUGCACUUGUAUGGCCUCGGUGGCAUGUUUAUCUUUUCAAUAUUCAUCACAAUUUCGUUUCUCAUAAAGGAGUUCUUCGGCUAUGUGCAGGAAAUGAUCGACUGGAUGUCCUACCUGUCGGUGGUGUCGACGCUAAGCUUCGUCGUGUUCUUCGCGGUAGGACCCGGAUCGAUACCCUGGAUGAUCACGGCGGAACUGUUCUCGCAAGGUCCCAGACCGGCCGCCAUGUCCAUCGCGGUUCUCGUCAAUUGGAUGGCUAAUUUUUUGGUUGGCAUCGGUUUUCCAAGCAUGAAGACUAGCCUUGAAAACUACACGUUCCUACCGUUCAGUGCAUUUCUAGCCAUCUUCUGGAUCUUCACCUACAAGAAGGUUCCUGAGACUAAGAAUAAAACAUUCGAAGAGAUUCUAGCUUUAUUCAGACAUGGUAACGACAGGAGCAGCUUGCGGGACAGCAGACUUUAUGGUUGUGUUUGCAGCUGGAUCCGAGCGCUCUUCCGUCGCUCCCGCUCAGCCGGAGAGACCACCGCCCCCGCUUCCCCCGCCACGCUUUCCGAACAGCGGUGUCUGACAAUGGGAAACAGCUCCUCUUAAUAUCGGUAACCUAGUGAUCAUGAACGCGCCGAUACCGCUGCCGCUGCUGCUCACCACCAGCAGCCUCAGCCUGGAGAACCAGCUUUACGAGAUCAUCACCGAGAGCAGCAAGGCGUGCGCGACCUUCCUGCGGAACAGCCUGCGCCGCGCGACCAGCCUCGGCUGGAGCGCGAACGAGAGCUUCGAGAGGACGAGCGACGCGAUGAUGUGCAACGAGCAGUGAGACGAGAGGGCGAGAACGGCCUUCGGGGAGGAGCCUGAGGCGACCGGGCGACUCGGUACCGGCGCCGAUGCCAAGCGGAGCUCCGUCGCGGCAGUUGACCCUUGACCGGCGAGAACGGCCGUCCUUCGCUGGUCUGUCUCAAUCUGUCUGUCCGUCUGUCUGUCUGUCUGUCUGUCUGUCUGUCUGUCUGUCUGUCCGUCUGUCCGUCUGUCCGUCUCUCUGUCUUGCUCGCGAGACGAAUCAGUUGGACGAGGAGAGUCAAUCGUCGGGGGUCAAUCGGUGGGGAUGAUCAUCGGGGCCCGAGAAGAGCGAUAAACCAGGGACGUUGAGAGUCGUCGCAGGCUUCUA